AUGCAAGCGGUAACAAUAAAGCUAUUCUUUGGAUUUUUAUUCGUGUUUCUAGUGUGGACGCUAUACGUAGAAAAUGAAAUAACCAGUAGGUCUCGAAAUUCGGAUAAUAUCGAUGAUUUGCUAGAGUCGGCGACACGAUUGGAGAGGUUAUUGGAGUUUGAAAGGAAGAAAAUCCAAGAGUUGACGGAAGAUGUUAAGCAGAUUCGUGCAAGAAAGAAAUCCGGGCACUUGACGAUGGAAGAGAUGGUUUCUCCGGAAUUGAAACACUGGAAAGAACCAAUUCCUGUUUUGGUCUUCUCUUGUAAUCGCGCGCAGGCAGUAAGGGAUCAUGUGCAGAAGCUCAUCAAAUAUCGCCCAAGUAAAGAACAAUUUCCAAUUAUUGUGACUCAAGAUUGUGAUAAUGAGAAUGUGAAAAUUGAAGUGCAAAAAUUCGGAGACCAAGUUCAAUAUAUCAAGCAUCUGGCAGGAGACAAAGCAAAUAUCACCAUUCCACCAAGUCACCGCCAAUUCACAGCCUACUAUCGCAUCGCACGUCACUAUAAAUUGGCUCUUAAUCAUGUUUUCGUUGAUAAGGGUUACUCGUCGGUUAUCAUCACUGAAGACGAUCUCGACAUUGCGCCGGAUUUCUUUUCGUACUUUUCAAAUACAAGAUACUUGCUGGAGAAUGAUGAGAGAUUGUGGUGUGUGACAGCGUGGAAUGACAAUGGAAAACUCGAGAAUAUUGAUGUGAAUGCAGCGGAUAAACUGUAUAGAAGUGAUUUCUUUGCUGGGCUAGGAUGGAUGAUGUCAUCAAAAACAUGGCACGAACUGGAACCAAUCUGGCCUGUCGGAUUCUGGGAUGACUGGAUGAGAGACCCACUUCGCCGCAAAGACCGACAAUGCAUUCGACCGGAAGUCAGUCGUACUGGAAUGAUGGCGUAUGGAAAAGAAGGGGCCAGCAAAGGACAAUUCUUCAGCAAACACCUCGCCAAAAUCAAAGUGAAUGACAAGUACACAGAUUUCGCAAAGAUUAAUCUGGAUUAUCUGCUACCGGGCAAUUUUGAAAAGAAGACACAUUUUGAAGUGAUGAAACAGGCUGUUGAAAUGGGAAUAGACGAUGUGGCUGCUUUUGUGUUACUGCCCGAGAACAAAGGGAAAAGUGUCAGAAUUAUCUACGACGAGAACGUCGAUUACAUCCGCAAGGCUGACAAACUCCACGUAAUGCACGAUUUCAAGGCUGGAGUCCCUCGAACUGCGUUUGACGGAAUCGUCACAUGCUUCAUCAAUGGAGUACGCAUCUAUCUGGUCCCUGACAAAACGAAAGUGCCUGGAUAUAACCCAGAUUGGGCAGUACCACCAGCAUUUGGCGAAUAA